UCGUGUAUCUGUCGUGUAUCAACCACAUAAAUAAUAGUUAUUACACAUAAAUUAAUUUCUGUUUUGAAGGGGUUUGGUAACCUGUCUUACCUAGAUGGAGUUAAUUAAACUGUGAGUUUAUUUCUACGUAGGACACCCCUGUCAUCACUGAGGACUACUCCUGGCACUUCCUUGUUCAAAAGUUUUAUUUUGGGGGAAGGCACGGGAAAAGUUGGACACCGGUUUGGAUAUUUCAACGUUGUUGUCGUCAAAUACUAGGGGCACGGAUCAUAUGGUAUAACUAGCGUGCAGGUAGCGCAGUUUUUCCCAUGGCUGUAGUUAUCAGAAGCGGGCUAACGUUGCACUGAGCGGCUACACAAAGAGGAAGAUGUCCACGGCUAACGUUAGCGAAGACAUCAGAGUGAAGUUUCCCCUGCAUUCCGCAGUGUGGGAGAAUGAUUACAGGAGACUGGAAGAACAAAUAACGUUACCACAGAAUGACAUCGAGGCUGUUGAUCCCAGAGGUCGGACGCCUCUGCACCUCGCUGUGUCGCUGGGGCACCUGGAGUCGGUGAGAGUCCUUCUGAGACACGGUGCUGAAGUGACGAAAGAAAACAGCAUGAAUUGGACAGUGCUGCAGGAGGCAGUCAGCACCGGAGAUCCAGAGAUGGUCCAGUUAGUGCUUCAACGCAGAGACUACCUCAAAGCCUCCACUGCUCUGGGAGGAGUGCCUGAGCUGCUGGCGAAGAUCCGAGAGUCUCCAGAUUUCUAUAUGGAAAUGAAGUGGGAAUUCACCAGUUGGAUCCCUCUUCUAUCCCGGGUUUGUCCAAGUGAUGUUUGUCGCAUUUGGAAAAGUGGCGCCAGCCUACGAGUGGAUGCCACACUUCUAGGCUUUGAAAACAUGACGUGGAUCAGAGGGCGUAGAAGCUACAUCUUCAGAGGAGAUGAUUCACAUGCAGAGUUGAUGGAGGUGAACCAUGACGAUGAAGUAGUGGACACUGAACGCUUCAACAUAUCCCAAGAAAUGGAGGAUGUCACGCUGGAGUCGAUGCAGCCUGCUGAACAGGAAGUUGCCAAAAGGUUGACUACUCCUAUUGUGAACACGUACUUGGACACCAAGGAUAUUGCUUUUGAGAGGAACAAAUCUGGCAUUUGGGGCUGGAGAGCUGACAGAACUGAAGUGGUCAAUGGAUUUGAAGCAAAGGUUUUCAGUGUGAACAAUGUAAAUGUGGUAAUCAGGACGAGGACAGAGCAUCUCACAGAUGAGGAGAAAGCCAGGAUAAAAAGUGAAAGGAACAUCUUGGAGUCUCUGCUGGGGACUGUGGAGCAGCACAUAAGUGCACAAGGGGACCUGACUCUUGAGUAUGCAACUGCCACCAAUCCCACCGCCAUCACUCCAGAGGAAUAUUUUGAUCCAGACUUUCAACUGGGGGACAGAGACAUUGGCCGCCCCAUUGAACUGAGCGUUCGAACACAGAAGUUUAAAGGUACGUUGUGGAUGAGCGAGGAACAUCCUCUGUCCCUGGUGGAGCAGGUGACCCCCAUUAUUGACCUCAUGGCUCGGACCAGUUCCCAUUUUGCGCGGCUACGAGACUUUGUGACCCUGAAGUUUCCUCCUGGAUUUCCUGUUAAAAUAGAGAUCCCCCUGUUUCAUGUGCUGAACGCCAGGAUUACAUUUGGUAAUGUCAAUAAAUGCAGUACUGAAGAGGAGGCCAACACGACGCCAGCAGCCACACCAACAUCCUCGGGAGAAGAGGAAGAGGCUGCAGCACUACCUCUGUUUCAAGUGUGUCCUUCGGUGUUUGACGUGCCUGUCAGUUACCAUCGUCGAGGAGGCACCCGACACACAACUGUGUCCAACAAUGACGAGGAGCUUUUGCAGUACGCCAUCCACCAGAGUCUUCUGGAGUCUCGCAGAGUCCCGGGACAGGAGGGGACCUGGGAUGAUGCUGAUGGGGAAUUCACUGAUGUAAUGCCUAGUAGCCAGAGUGACAGGAGUAUCCCAGAGGGGGUGCUAGUGGAAUAUGGAGACACCCCCAGCCCUGCCAGCUCCCCCGCCACCUCUAGCCCCGACUCAGAGCUCCGCCUGGCCAUGGAGCUCUCGGCUCGAGCUCAAGCGGAAGAGGAGAGGAUGAGGAAACAGGAGGAAGAGGAGCUGGAGAGGAUACUGCAGCUGUCGCUCACUGAGAAGUAAAAGGAAUAAGAGGGAAUAAUAACACAACCUUUCCAGAUACAGAAGCAACCACCACACCUCAGUUUCCCCUCCCAACCACUGUAGUCAUCUAUGCAACCACAGGUUACUUUCUGUAACAGGUCUUUCUUGCACAGGCAAUAUCAAACUCUCGGUAUCCAGUAUUUUCCAAAAGGUAUUUUUGGUAAGAACCUUUAUAUAUUUCUAUCUCUGCAUCUAUCUCCAUCCUGCAGCUUAAUACAUUUACUCUUUAAGAUAAUUCUGGGUCUGUUCUGCUUUUUUAUUUAUUUAUUUUUCUUUUCCAAAUCAGACUCAGCAGCAACCCAUGUGUGUUGAUCAAACUGUUGUCUGGAGUGGGGUUAAAUCAGUGUAAUUAAGGUUCUAUGAACAGAAAUACUCAAGGAGACUUCAUGUGGCGCAGGCACUCAAAUGUGGCACUUAAGGUCUAGAGGGCUGUUGUUGUUUUUUUUAUUAUUGCCUCAGUCUCUGAUUUUUAGAAAGCUAGAAUGAAAACAGCCUAGCACAAGAGAAAGCUGCUAGUACUGUGGACCUAAAGGGACAGAUUUGAGUGUUUUCACUGUGAAGUCUUCCUACAGAGUCCCUUUGUUAAGGACCAUGGGCUCACUGAAUAACGGAAAUCUCAGGGUUCCAAUUUUACACAUUUUCCCUUCACUUUGGAAUUAGUUUGUUAAUCAGUUGUAAAACUAUCGGAAAUUGUAGCCUGGUAAAUGUUUCUGUGGUGCGAAAUGUUAUCACUCAUGCAUUUCUGCUAUGCCAAUAUUACUUAAGAAAGUUGGUUUAAUUGAGUCAAAAGUUCAUAAGUAAAUGCAUUAUCUUGUAUGUUGUGAAUGAACACUUUACAGAUGGGUAAACAAAAGCAUGUUGCUGUGAGAGAAACUUUCAGGUGCAUGGUAACGCAAUAUCUUUGCUGCAACAAGGGUGAGGGUUUGAACUUUCUCUUUUUUUUAGCAUUUUCUCAGAUUUCACGUUGAGAAAAGACAUAUUUUUGUUAACUGUCACUGAGCAACUUCAAGCAUUAUCACCUCAGUUCAAAAAUACAACAGUAGAGACCAGUCUUGUCUGUGGAUUCACAGCCGCCAUGCAUUUAAGAAGCAGUCCCUCAACCAUUGCUGCAGAGAUUAUUCAGAUUCCUAAAGGCCCUCUGUUAGCCUUUUGUAGCCAUGAACAACUCUAGACCUCUGAGCAGAAGAAGAGACUGCACAGACUCAAAGAUCAAGCAUGCCCGCCAUAUGUAGGAUUAGUUUCUUCAGCAUGUGCCAAGGAAAUGCUUUGCUCUGACUGACAGUGCUUUUGUCUGGACAAGAGGUGGUGACGAUUCAAUGUGGUGCCACUCAGACUAAACUUGUGAACAGAUUUUUUUAAGAAUAAAACAUUUUGUAACUUAAAAACAACACAAAGAGAUUUCAGUUGUGCCAGUUUGAUGCUGAGUAACAUGCAUUAACCACUAUAGUUUAUUUCACUGACAACCAACCACUCAUCAGAAGUCUCCCUGCGUUGCUGUGUCUGACUUUCAGUGGCUUCAGCUGGAAAAUGACUAAUUAUAAUGAUCGAGUUUCCCAACUGACUUAACAGUCGACUCUAAAGAAGCUAGCUUUGGUUAAUUUAAUGCCGAUCUUUGUAAUGCACCGUUCCAGCUGCAAUGGUUUUUUUUUAACAUGUUAAAAUUUUAAGAAAAUAUGUCAGUUUCAAAAUGUUGUUUAUAAAAUAAAAGCACUUUAUUUCCGAGGAUUAAACCUGA